UUGAAAUUAUUAGUCAUUUAAUUCCAUUAAUAAUGUGUUUUGGCAUGUAUGUAAUGUGGAAAAGGCAAUUGAGAGGAAUCUUACUAGUGAUGCCGAGGUUGGUAGGGCUGAUGUGUACAUCAGAGCCCAUACAACAAAGGAUGACAAAUUACAGUUUCCUGAAGCCUUUGAAAAAAUAAAGUCGAUUCAGAGUAGUAAUCCAACAUCUCAGAUGACCAAUGUAGAUGAUGCCCUUACACAGUCAAUUGGGAGUGAUAGUAGAGGGCGCAUGCGGGGUAUAGGUGGAAAUGUAGGCAAGAUUGCAUUGAGGAAGACAAUCCCUAUUAUAGAUAAGCUCAAUAUGGUGACGCGGGAUCGAGAUAAUUUGAAGGAGGAAGUAGGUGAAAUGAAGAAAAGCCUGGUAGACCUCCAUAUGAAGCUUAAUUAUAUUGUAGAAAAGCAAGGGGAACAGGGGGUUGUGGAUCCACCAACAAUACCUCCAUUUAAAUCUAGUCGUGCCUUGUCGCCUGAUUUGAUACAUAUUGGCAAGAGAUGCGAUCUUUGCGAUUGGAAGAAACAGGUAGUUGCUCGUGGUGAGGUGCAUGAAGUUGAUUCAACUGCCCAUGUCCAUGGAGCAGAUCUAGGCGAAGGAAAUUUUAGAGUUGUCUUGAUCGAGAUUAAAGCUUCGCACGUAGAGUUGUGGAAGGAAGAUGGUUAUCAUCAUACACUUGGAGAGGUCGGCGUAGGAGGAUUUGUUAUUUGGCCCAAGCUAUUUCUAACCAUCUAUCCAUGAUGUUUAUAAUUAGACAUUACAAAAACUGAGACAAUUUACUUUUAUUUUCAAACUAUACGGUAACAUAGACACUUAUCUUAAUAUUAUGGAAUGGAAUGUAUUCAACUCUCACAUCAGAUUACACACACAUAUAUGGAAUGGUAUGGAAUGCAUUUAUCACUCACAUUAGAUUACACCCACAUAUAUGGAAUG